AUGGAGAAUAUCGACGGAUUAGGAUCUACAUCAACAAAUUCCGAGGUUGAAGACGAAUUAGGAUCUACUUCAACUGGAUGUACAUCGAUCAAUGAUGGAUCGAUUAUGGAUGAUCUUACUAAUCCAGGAGGAUCUCUUUUUGAUACGGAUUCUGAUUCAGAUUUAGAGCCAGAAUCAGAUAAUACCACAGUUGAAGUGUCAUACUUACCUGACUGUCCAUCCCAACUGAAGCCCUAUAUAGGACAGAUUUUUCCUAAACUUGAUGAUGCUACUGAGUUCUAUAAUAAGUAUGCACGGCAUGUUGGGUUUGACACUCGUAAACAUGGAUCAAAAAAGGAGGGAGAUCUUGUCACAUGGUUAUAUGUUGUGUGCAGUAGAGAAGGUCAGAAGAAAAAUAAAAUGCAAGGGCAUGAGUCAAAACGCAGACGUUCUUCUAGGAAGUGUUUUUGCAAGGCUAAAAUUGCCUUUAAAUUUUGUAAGGGAAUUGGUUAUGUUGUCAAACAGUUUGAUGAAAAACAUAAGCAUGAUAUGGUGGAGGGACGCCAAAGGCGAUUCAUGAGGCUGAAUCGCAACAUUGAUCUAAUGCAUCAGAAAUUUAUAUUAGAUUGUGCAAGUGCAAACAUAGGUCCUACGUUGACUUUUAAGUUGCUGAAUGAGGUUCUUGGUGGGAUAGAUUAUGUUGGGUGUACGGUUGUAGAAGUUCGAAACUAUAGGCGCGACUUGAGAGCAUUUACUCGUGGGGCAGAUGCACAGAUGAUACUUAAUGAAAUGAGCCGAAAGAAGGAGAAUUGUCCGGCAUUCACUUAUGAUUUUGAGGUGAACUCCAAAGAUAGGCUCACUCGUCUUUUCUGGUGUGAUCCCAUUGCUAAGAAGAAUUUCCAUCUCUACGGUGAUAUAGUAUCGUUUGACACAACCUAUUCAACUAACAGAAGGUACUGCAUGAUAUUUGUACCGUUCACAGGAAAAGACAAGCAUGGAAGACCUGUAACAUUUGGUGCAGGCUUAUUAUCUAAGGAAAAUGUUGAUUCUUUCUCAUGGUUGUUUGAACGUUUUGUCAAAUGCAUGGGUUCUGCACCAAAAUUGAUCAUUACUGAUCAUGAUUUGGAAAUGAAGGUUGCUGUGGAAAGAGUCCUUGUUGAUACAAGACAUUGA